CAGGGCAAGGGAAGUGGGCAGAGAGGCAGAACAACAGGCCCUUGAGGGAAAAGAACCGACUGUGGCCCCAAGGUGGCAGCCUAGGGGCAGUGUGGGGCCCAGGACCAAGGAGGUGCUGGGGGAGGGCUGAGUCGCUUUCCCUGCAGGGAGCAACCUGGUGAUCAGCACCCUGGGGAGCUGCGGGCCUGUGGCUGCUCCUGCCCGACAUGUGCUGUCCCUGUCCUUAUGGUGAGCAGCAGCCCGGUGUUACCAGCAUGCGGCUCAGGAGCUGGUGCCCAGGAGUUCUCAGCACUCUGUGCCUGAAGCCCUGGUCAGUGUUAGGACAGGGCCCUGGUUCCCGCUCUGGACAGUCUGGGCCAUGCCAGCUUGAGGUCCUAUGCAGGUGGUGCUCGGCGGGCUGCUCCCCUGCCCUCCAUCCCAGGAGGACCCCCUGUGUCCACCUCCUACAACUCCUGGGAAGAGGGGCUGGAACAGAGCAGGAGGGGUCAGCAGGGGUUGGGAGUGCUGGGGUCAGGCCUGUGGUAGGACAGCAGGCUGCAACCCUGGGAGUCUCCGUUCAGGUCAUUCAGGGGCAGCCCCGAGUGUGGGAACCUCAGGAAGAAGGACUGGCCAUGAUGGGGCACCCUGUUCCACCUUGUGUUCAAAUAAAGAGGACUUCACAGUUGGGCUGUAAUAAAAUGGCAGAGGAAGAAAUGAGGGGCAGGAGGUGCAGGUUGCCUGAGACUUGGGACCGUUAUGGCAGGUGGCAGAGGGCCCUGGCACCCCUGGUUCUGGGGCAGUUCUGCCAGAGCCCUGCCCUCUUCACCUGGGCCCUGGGGAGAACACAGGCCCCACUUCUGGUGACCUUUAAUUAAGCCAGGGCUGAGAACCCUGACCCCUGCCACAGCAGAGCCACUUGGGAUUGGCUGGCAGGAUUCUGUGACAUCACAGUCACUGAGAAUUGUGCACUCUUGGUUGUCGGCAACCAGUGGCCAGUCGUGCAUCUACUGCCCAACUGACCAGAUGUUGGUAGCGUAGGCAGGAAGCACAUUUCAUAGAAUCUAAUGGAUACUCAAAGGAGAUUGGAUAUGGACGCCCUGAGGUCCGGCAGGGCCCAGGAGCGAGCAGCAAUCAUCUUGAAAUAUGAGCAGGGUCCCCGUAAAUGGCCCCAGUUUCACCUGGGAGAAGAGGACGAUGAGAGUGGAGCCCUCGUCCCAGACAAACUUGGCUUCCUGUGUAAGCAGAAGCCGCCCAGGCAUGGAUGCCUGGCAGUGCAAUGGCGUAAACAUCAGGAGGGCCGCCGACUGCAAAAAUGGAACAAGAUGCUGCGAAAUUUCACCAAGUACCGCAGCAGUGAGAAGUUCCACCGGAGAAUUGAGAAAGGCAUCCCUGCCCAGGUGCGUGGCAAGGUGUGGGCCAUGCUGCUCUCCGUGGAUACCAGGAAGGCCCAGAACCCUGGCAAAUUCGAGGAGAUGAAGGAACGGGCCAGGUUGUGCUCAGAUCAAGUCCAACAGAUCGAUGAAGAUGUAGCACGCACGUUCAGAAGUCACAUCAUGUUUCGAGAGCGAUACGGAGCCAAACAACGCUCCUUAUUUGAGGUGCUCCUCGCAUACUCAAUGUACAACCCCGAAUUGGGCUACAGCCAGGGCCUAAGCCACGUGGCAGCCCUGCUGCUGAUGUGGCUGAGUGAAGAGGAUGCUUUCUGGGCACUAGUCCAGCUCAUGGGGGACAGCCAGCACGCGAUGCAUGAUUUCUACACACCGGACUCCCCAAAACUGGAGCAAUUCCAGCACCACCUGGGAGCUAUCAUGCGUCGCGUGCUCCCCUCCCUGGAGAAACACCUGGAGAAGGAGGGUGUGUGCCUUGAGGACUACACCGCCCACUGGUACAUCCAGUGCUUCCUGGAUGGGGUGCCGUUCCCCCUGGCACUUCGGAUGUUCGACAUUUACAUCCUUGAGGGCGCGCACGUACUCACCGGCAUGGUGUACACCGUCCUCAAGGUCCACCGAAAGCGCCUGAUGAAGAUGUCCAGGGACCACAUCCGGGAGUUCCUGCAGGUGACCCUGAAGCAGGCCUGGUCACUGAGCGAGGAUGCAGUCAUCAGGCAGCUGCGGGCCUCCAUGCGUGAGCUGGGGAAGCUGCAGUGCCUCCUGCCUCCCGAAGAUAAGCCAACCGAAGAUGGCAGCCCGGCCCUGCAGGUGCCGCCUGGCUCUCAGGAGCGCGCUCCCCCACCAGUGUCCAUCAAGACCAUCGUUGCGGAGAGCAAAGGCUGUCACCCUGCUGCUGCAGCUCCCCAGGAGCCAGCGGGGGCUUCAGCUUCUGUCCCCGAGGAGACCGGUCCUCUCGGAUCUGCCGUCCAGCCCGACUCCAAGCAACACACCAAGGAGGAGAAGGGCAGUCGUGGCAAGAGCAGCACCCAGCCCCGCGGCCAGGGCUCCUCCACGGGGGCCUCAGGGUCAGGGGGCGCCACCCACCUCUCGGGCCCACAGUGCUCCUGGCUGGACGAGCCAGGCCCCCUCCGGCGCUGGACUUCCCUGACCAAACUCAACGUGACCUUCCAAGAUGACUCCGACUCUGAGGACGAGGAGUACUACAGCGGCCUGGAGAAGCAGGAAGACGACGAAGAGGAGGAGGAAGAGGAGGAAGACCAGGCUGCUGAGUGUCCUGCGUCUCCCUGGCCAAAGCUGCUUCGGGACCUGAGAUUCGUCCUGCCCGAGACAAUUUUUGAAGAGGACGAGGAGGGAGGCUGUGAAGAGGGUGCCUCCCCAGAGCCCUCGUCCCCAGCCCUGUCUGUGAAGUCCUCAGAGUCUCUGCGUGGCCCAGGCCUCUUGGCCCCACAGAGCUUGCAGAGCAGGGGAGACCUAUCCCGAUGGGGGGGCCUCCCAAAUCUCAGCCCGCCUGUCAAAGGCGCUGAUUUCUGGCCCCUGGAGCUGGGUGGCCAGCAGGGUCUCAGGGCCCCUCCCCCACCUGCCUCAGAGCCCCUGGAUCCCGGGCCCAUGCAGGCUGUGCCAGCCCUGGGAGCAAGGCUGAAGAUGCCCUCCCUGCAUGGGAGCCCCAUGCACUCUGGGGACACUCACGGGCUGGAGCCUGCAGGAGCCAGCUCUGCACUGGGAGACCAGGCCUGUGUGCCCUCCCUGGCUCGAGGCCUCCUUGCUGCCCAUUCCAUGGAGGAGCUGGAUGUGUGUGGGCACCUGGAGGGGAAGAACAGCCCACCAGGUGUCCAGCUCAGACGGGCCAGAAGCUUAGGCUGUCUGAGCACAGCGGCCCCCGAUGGACAAGGCUCCUCUGGAGCUCCUCUCCCCCAUCCUGAGGCUUCACCCUGCUCAUCUCAGCCAAGGAGGCUAGCUUGUCUAUGCCGCCGGCCUCCCUGA